AACUGUUAUGACAGGAGCCAGAAGUGUCGUUGGCGCAUGCGUUAGCAGGUUAAGCUAGCCAUUUGUCUCCCAGGUUUAAACUGUCGUAUGAUCAACACCCUGAGAUGUAGCGUUUCCCCCUGGUUUCUUGUGUUACAUUAGACAUACACAGUGAAUUAGAAACCUUUGUGUACUGGCGAACAUAUACUGGACGCGAGAAAACACAGCGGAGCGAAGAUUUACGUUUUAAUCUGUGGGGAAACCAUUUUAUGAUUGUCAAUGCAAUUGACCCAUAAGGAUAUUGUCGUCUCGCUAGCUUAACUGAGCUAGCUAAACGAUACUGUCCGUGUCGUGGAUGGGUUCACGGUACAAAUUAGUCGAAUAACAGACGGUGACCGGUGCUUAGCGAGCAACAUGGAUACUGCUGAAGAAGCGGAUAUUUGUCGCGUGUGCCGCUCUGAGGGGACCCCAGACAAACCCCUGUACCACCCUUGUGUCUGCACUGGCAGUAUCAAGUUCAUCCACCAGGAAUGUUUGGUCCAGUGGCUGAAGCACAGCAGGAAGGAGUACUGUGAAUUAUGCAAGCACAGAUUUGCUUUCACACCAAUCUACUCCCCAGACAUGCCCUCACGUCUGCCCAUCCAGGACAUUUGUGCCGGCCUUCUUACCAGUGUGGGCACUGCCAUUCGCUACUGGUUCCAUUACACACUGGUGGCCUUUGCAUGGCUUGGUGUUGUUCCUCUCACUGCAUGUCGCAUCUAUAAGUGUCUUUUUACCGGCUCUGUGAGCUCUCUUUUGACACUGCCGCUGGACAUGCUCUCUACGGAGAACCUGCUUGCAGAUUGUCUACAGGGUUGCUUUGUGGUUACCUGCACCCUAUGUGCAUUUAUUAGUCUGGUAUGGCUCAGAGAACAGAUAGUCCACGGUGGAGCCCCCCAGUGGUUAGAACAGCACCAGCCACCACAGCCCAAUGCUGCCGGACAAGCCAACGAGGCACAAGCUGCAGGUCAGGCAGCAGCUGGUGAUCCCCCUGCGGCCCAGCCAGCACCUGCUGAUCCUCUAGCCCAGAAUGAGGCAGAGCCCGAGCCUCCUGACGUCCCCCAAGAGCAAGGCGAUGAUCCAGAGCUGGAAGAGGAGGCAGCAGCUGCUGAAGAUGCAGACCCCAACAAUGGUGCACAAGAUGACAUGAAUUGGAAUGCUUUGGAGUGGGACAGAGCAGCAGAGGAGCUCACCUGGGAAAGGAUGCUUGGCCUGGAUGGUUCACUGGUAUUUUUGGAGCACGUGUUUUGGGUGGUGUCUCUCAACACACUGUUCAUCCUGGUCUUUGCAUUUUGUCCGUAUCACAUCGGCCACUUCUCUGUUGUUGGUCUUGGCUUCGAAGAAUAUGUCCAGGCUUCUCAUUUUGAGGGCUUAAUCACAACAAUCGUUGGCUACAUACUGCUAGCAAUGACUCUCAUCCUGUGUCAUGGACUGGCUGCUCUGGUCAGUUUCCAGCGCUCCCGGCGUCUCCUUGGAGUCUGCUACAUUGUUGUCAAGGUCUCUCUGCUGGUUGUUGUGGAGAUAGGUGUUUUUCCAUUGAUCUGCGGAUGGUGGCUUGACAUCUGCUCUUUAGAGAUGUUUGAUGCCUCGCUGAAAGACAGAGAAAUGAGCUUCAAAUCAGCACCUGGUACUACCAUGUUCCUGCACUGGCUGGUGGGAAUGGUCUAUGUCUUCUACUUUGCAUCUUUCAUCCUCCUGCUGAGAGAGGUGCUGAGACCUGGAGUGCUCUGGUUUCUGAGGAACCUCAAUGAUCCAGAUUUUAACCCAGUGCAGGAGAUGAUUCACUUGCCCAUCUACAGACACCUGCGGCGGUUCAUCCUGUCUGUGGUUGUGUUCGGCUCAAUUGUCUUGCUCAUGCUGUGGCUUCCCAUCAAGCUCAUUAAACUAUUGCUGCCCACCUUCCUUCCCUACAAUGUCAUGCUCUAUAGUGACGCUCCUGUCAGUGAGCUGUCUUUGGAGCUGUUACUGCUUCAGGUUGUGCUUCCAGCUCUACUGGAGCAGGGACACACUCGCCAGUGGCUCAAAGGCCUGGUCAGAGCCUGGACAGUCAGCGCAGGAUAUUUACUAGACCUCCACUCCUACCUCCUUGGCGAACAAGAGGACAAUGAAGCCAACCAGCCCGUGAACAACAACAACAAUAACAACCCUCCGCAUGUUCAUCACAACAACAAUAACAACCCGGCACCAGCUGUUGGUGAAGGGUUACAUGCAGCCCAUCAGGCCAUCCUGCAGCAAGGGGGACCAGUGGGUUUCCAGCCCUACCACCGACCUCUUCGCUUCCCUUUAAGGAUUGUGCUGCUUAUAGCUUUCAUGUGCAUCACUCUGCUGGUGGCUAGUUUGGUGUGCUUAACCCUACCAGUAUUCACUGGCCGCUGGCUGAUGUCUUUCUGGACAGGAAAUUCCAAAAUCCACGAGCUGUACACAGCAGCAUGUGGUCUGUAUGUCUGCUGGCUUUCUAUCCGCGGGGUCACUGUUCUGCUGGCGUGGAUGCCACAGGGACGCACUGUUAUUGUACACAAAGUCCAGGAGUGGACACUCAUGAUCCUGAAGACCCUUGUUGUGGCUCUGCUGGUUGCUGGAGUUAUUCCUUUGCUACUGGGCCUGCUGUUUGAAUUAGUCAUCGUGGCUCCGCUCAGGGUACCCUUAGACCAAACACCCCUUUUCUAUCCCUGGCAGGAUUGGGCUCUCGGGGUUCUUCAUGCCAAAAUUAUUGCUGCCAUCACUCUCAUGGGCCCUCAGUGGUGGCUGAAGACUGUUAUUGAGCAGGUUUAUGCAAAUGGAAUUCGCAACAUUGAUCUCCAGUUCAUCAUCCGUAAACUGGCAGCUCCUGUCAUUUCAGUCCUGCUGUUGUCUUUAUGUGUGCCAUAUGUGAUUGCUGCCGGGGUGGUACCGGCUGUAGGCGUUACCCCAGAGAUGGAGAUUCUAAUGCAGAGGAGAAUCUACCCCUUCCUCUUGAUGGUCGUCUCACUUAUCGGCAUCCUCUCCUUUCAGAUCCGACAGUUUAAACGUCUUUAUGAACACAUCAAGAACGACAAGUACCUAGUCGGCCAGAGGCUUGUCAACUACGAACGCAAAGCUGGCAGAGGAAGCUCGAUCCCACCCUCCAACCCUGUCGUAGAAUAAAUAUUUGUGUCACAUGAUGCCAUGUUUGUUUUUUUGAACCCAUGACCCUGCGCACAUCUCGUCCAGCCCAUGGCCUGUCUGGUUUUUUUUGUUGUUGUUUUUUUGGGGGGGUGGGGGGUUUCAGCUCAACCCUCAGACUGUAAUCCUUGAAAUCACCUGUGAUUAUUGCUGGACUUUAUGGGUGUUAUUCAAAUUCAUUUCAUCAAAGUCAGGAUGGGAAAACUUAGUGUAAUAACUGGACAGCUGAGUAAUCCCCUCAAACAAACAGAAUAGGCAGGAGCAUUAAAGUUUUCAUUUGAAGCCCAACAUCUGUAUUGAGAUUCAUGCCUUGCUUUAUAAAGUGCUGCCUGAUUUAAAUGUACAUGUGUAAAUACUUUGGAAGGGGACUUUGUCUUAAAGGACUGAUGUGGAUUAAUGCAAUGACCAUUGUACAUCUUAAAAGUGUAUGUAUAAUUUAUUAAAUCAGAAUGACAGUUUA